AUGUCUGAUAAAGCUGCGACACAUCUGAAGUUCAACGAGUUAGUUGAACACUAUCGUGCAACGGUUACUCCAGCCGUAGUGAGCGGUUGAAGUGACAGGUUCAUGGGAUUGCUAAUUUUGCUCGUGCCGCUCUUGAUGGUCUUUCAGAGCACGAAGUCUUGUCUCCGGGAAGAGCAUAGUCGACGAACCAGCGGUGCUGCGACGGGUGAAGUGGCUCGACACUUCGGCGAUCGCACGGGAUUUUUUUUUUGCGAAGCAUGGAUGGCAGAAAAAGGCUUGUUUCGUUUUUCUUUCUCUUCUUUUUUUUCAAUAUUUCGUUUGUACUGGAUGCUCUUAUUUUCUACCAUCGCCAACACUUGCGAAAAUCCAUAAGUGAGUUCGUUUCUGAGAAAACGGAAAUGGUAGUUAUUUCGGAGCUUCUUGCAGACGAGCUUGCCACUUCUCAUCUUCAAGUGUUGGGGCUCCUCGAUCAACUGGUCACAGGUCCCCUCUGGCGUUUGGCGGAAAAUUCAAAAUCUCAUGGGGGUCGGCUAUUUCAUCAAAAAGAGAAGCUACGCGAUGUGCUCCAGCCACGAAUAA